AUGCGUGGCGGCAUGUGGCAGCUCAGCUUGACUUGAAGUUUGAAUUUGCGGACAAGGAGAGCAGCAGGGCCAGGGAGGGAGAUUGUGGUGUUGUGCCUAAUUUUGGAGGGUCCUGAAAGGUGAAGGUGGCAGGUGAGCGAGAUACUCCACCUGUCAAGAUGGACUCUGCUGAAAAUGUGCUUCUGAAAUGUGUAAAUGCUUUGGAAUUAGUGCCAGAAAGCUGUUGCUCCAUUAAGCACUUGGCUGAUGGCAAGAUUUACUGCUGCCUAAUCUCUUUUCUGAACAAAGAAAAUAUUGUUGGGGAGGACUUGGCUGCUCUCACACCCAGACUUGAAUCUUUGUUCCGAGAUCACUUUUCUGGGGACCCAAUCAUCUUCAGGGAAGCAGUGGCUGGUAACUGUUUGGAGCUGACAAAGCUGACCCUGCUUCUGCUCUACAUUACUUUGUUCACUGAGGCAAAGCUGAGGAGCCGCCUUGUUAACUCUGCCUCUCUAGAUCAGGCAACACAGGCCAAGUUCAAAUACCUCUUGGAGGCAGUGCAAAAGAGAGGAUCAGCAGUCAACUCACGGUUCCUCCACAUUCUCUGCACAGAAAAGCUUGAUAUCAGAAGCAUUUUUCAAUGCCAGAGUGCAGUAAAUCAUGGUGGGGAAGGCUCCCCACGUGUCUACACCACCUCCCCCAAGUCCUCCACCACCUCACCUCUCAGAGAGCUGGUGCAGAGCCCACAGUUCCGCCUGCAGGAAAACCUAAGUGUCAAAAAUAUGGAGAUAAAACGCCUCCAGCAGCAGGUGAUGGCACUGGAGGGUGAGAAACAAGAGAUUAGCCUCACUGUUGAGGCAGCAAACCAUAAGAUCACAAAACUUGGAGAAAAAGUAAGUGAACUGCAGAGCAAGCUGCAGGCCACCCAGCAGCAGCAGGAUGAGUCUGAGGCGCUGGCAGCAGCGGGGGACAACCUGAGGCAGCAGCAGGUGAGCCAGCUAGCGGUGGAAUGCUCUCAGCUGCGGAGGGAGAACUGUUCCUUGCAGCAAAUGGUGGAGAGGCUCAGUGACGAAAAGGAUGAACUCACUGCCAAGAAUUUCUCAGUGCACCAACAACUACUGCUUACAAGAGCAGAAAAUGAGAGACUGCAAGAAAACGUAUUUUCCUUAAAUCAAGCAAAAUGUGAAAAUGAACGUUUGAUUGAGAGCCAGGCUGAUGACAUCAAGGAAAUGAAGACCCAGUUAGAAGAAUUGCACCUUCACUUGAUGGAGAACAAAAGCCCAAGUGUCUCUAUAGAGGAGUCCUUUGGGAACGUCUCUCCAUCCCACUACUCAGCCAUCACUUCCCCCGGAAGUUCAGGCGAAGAAAAUAUGGCAGAUGCAGUAGUGGAUAAAAUCUUGUGGGAGCACAAGGAGCGGCUGCAGAAAUUGCAGCAGGAGUUUGAUGCAGUGUCUGCUCAAAGAGAUAAACUCAUCGAACAGGUAACUACUCAGGAAGAAGAAAUCAAGUGUCUCAAUGAUGAGGUGAAAGAAAAGACUGCCACUGGGGACUCUUUGAGACAGGAAUUGAAAACUGCCAAUGAGAUUAUUGAUACAUUAAUGGGAGAUAAAUUGACACUUACAACAAGCCUGCAGGAAAAAGGGAAAUGUGUUGAAGAAUUAAAAGAAGAAAUUAAUAAAGCAAGAGAACAGCUGAGUGAAGAAAAAGCUGCUUUUAACAGUCAGGUCAAGAUGAUGGAGGAAGAUUUUCUCAACAUACGUAUGAAAAUGGAGUCUGAAAUUCACUUAUUGACUGAAGAGAAAAGAAAAGAAAAGGAGGAGAAGGAAGAUCUUGCAGCUCUGCACAAAAACAAAGAUGAUUUACUUCAGGUACAAACUGAAGAGAAGUCACAAUUACUAAAAGCAAUUGAGGGAAAGAAAGCAGCUUUUGAUAACUUGCAGCAGAAAUAUGAGAACCUGAAAAAUCAACAUGUCUCAGAAAAUGAUAAGCUUAAAAGUGACCUUAAAUGUUCAGAGGAAUCUUAUUCCAAAUUGAUGAAAGAAUUGUGUGAAGUUAAAGAUAGUCUUAAUGCAAAAAUUGUAGAGCAAGCCCAUGCUUUUCAAGAAAAGACUGAUGAUUUGGCUGUGCUGAAGGAAGAAAUGGCCGGCAUGAAAGCUGUCAAUGAAGAAUUGGUGAAGAAAUAUGAGAGUGAGAUUCAGACAUUGUCAGUUAGUCUUGAAGCUGAAAAGCAGUGUGCUGCUCAGGUAAAGAAAGAUAUGGAUGCUUUGACAGACACCAAUUCUAAAUACACCGAGAACAUGGAAAGCUUGAGAGAAUCCAAUGAACACCUUGCCAAAGAAAUCACUGAAUUGAAAGACAAACUUACCAGUAUGAAUGAAAAGUAUAUGAUACUUGAGCAGCAGAGUGAGGAAGCUGCCCAGCACUAUAAGAAUGAAAUGUCUGGACUGGAAGAGAAAUUCAUCAAACAGGAAGAGGCUCACACUACUCUCCUUGAAAAGAUGGAAGCCCAUGAGAAAAUGUCUGAGAAAGAGAAGCUGACAUUUGAAACAAGUCUGCAGGAAAAAGAUAAAUGUAUAGAAGCUCUAAAGGAAGAGAUGAAUAAAGAAAGGGAACUGAUGAGUGAAGAAAAAACUGCUUUUGAGACCAAAAUCAAAGUGAUGGAGAAAGAUUUUCUCAAUACACGUAUGAAAAUGGAGUCCAGCAUUCACUUAUUGACUGAGGAGAAAAAUAAAGAGAAGGAAGAUAUUGCAGCUCUGCAGAAUGACAAAGAUGGUUUACUUCAUGUACAAACUGAAGAGAAGUCUCAGUUACUAAAAGUGAUUGAGGAAAACAAGAAAUCUUUUGAUAACUUGCAGCAGAAAUAUCAGAACCUGAAGAACCAGCAUGUCUCAGAAAAUGACAAGCUUAAAAGUGACCUUAAGUGUUCAGAGCAAUCUUGUUCUAAAUUGAUGAAAGAAUUGUAUGAUGUUAAGGAAAGUCUUCAUGCUAAAAUUGUAGAGCAAACACAUACUCUUCAAGAAAAGAUUGAUGAUUUGGCUGCUCUGAAGGAAGAAAUGGCUGGCAUGAAAGCUGUCAAUGAAGAAUUGGUGAAGAAAUAUGAGGGUGAGAUUCAGACAAUGUCAAUUAGUCUUGAAGCUGAAAAGCAGUGUGCUGCUCAGGUUAAGAAAGAUAUGGAUGCUUUGACAGACACCAAUUCUAAAUACACCGAGAACAUGGAAAGCUUGAGAGAAUCCAAUGAACACCUUGCCAGAGAAAUCACUGAAUUGAAAGACAAACUUACCAGUUUGAAUAAAAAGUAUAUGAUGCUUGAGCAGCAGAGUGAGGAAGCUGCCCAGCACUAUAAGAAUGAAAUGUCUGGACUGGAAGAGAAAUUCAUCAAACAGGAAGAGGCUCACACUACUCUCCUUGAAAAGAUGGAAGCUCAUGAGCAAAUGUCUGAGAAAGAGAAGCUGACAUUUGAAACAAGUCUGCAGGAAAAAGAUAAAUGUAUAGAAGCUCUAAAGGAAGAGAUGAACAAAGAAAGGGAACACAUGAGUGAAGAAAAAACUGCUUUUGAGACCAAAAUCAAGGUGAUGGAGAAAGAUUUGCUUGAUACACAUAUGGAAAUGGAGCAGGAAAGAGAUAAAUGUAUAGAAGCUCUAAAGGAAGAGAUGAAUAAAGAAAGGGAACACAUGAGUGAAGAAAAAACUGCUUUUGAGACCAAAAUCAAGGUGAUGGAGAAAGAUUUGCUCGAUACACGUAUGAAAAUGGAGUCUCACAUUCACUUACUGACUGAGGAGAAAAGAGAGAAAAAUAAGGAGAAGGAAGAUCUUGCAGCUCUGCACAAGGACAAAGAUUAUUUACUUAAGGUACAAGCUGAAGAAAAGUGUCAGUUACUGAAAACAAUUGAGGAAAAGAAGGAAUCUUUUGAUGACUUGCAGCAGAAAUAUGAGAACCUGAGGAACCAGCAUGUCUCAGAAAAUUAUAAACUUAAAAGUGACCUUAAAUGUUCAGAGGAAUCUAGUUCCAAAUUGAUGAAAGAAUUGUGUGAAAAUAAGGAAAGUCUUAAUGCCAAAAUUUUAGAGCAAACCCAUGCUCUUCAAGAAAAGAUUGAUGAUUUGGCUGCGCUGAAGGAAGAAAUGGCUGGCAUGAAAGUUGUCAAUGAAGAAUUAGUGAAGAAAUAUGAGGGUGAGAUUCAGACAUUGUCAGUUAGUCUUGAAGCUGAAAAGCAGUGUGCUGCUCAGGUAAAGAAAGAUAUGGAUGCUUUGACAGACACCAAUUCUAAAUACACUGAGAACAUGGAAAGCUUGAGAGAAUCCAAUGAACACCUUGCCAAAGAAAUCAUUGAAUUGAAAGACAAACUUACCAGUAUGAAUGAAAAGUAUAUGAUGCUUGAGCAGCAGAGUGAGGAAGCCACCCAGCACUAUAAGAAUGAAAUGUCUGGACUGGAAGAGAAAUUCAUCAAACAGGAAGAAGCUCACAGUACUCUCCUUAAAAAGAUGGAAGCUCAUGAGCAAAUGUCAGAGAAAGUGAAGCUGACAUUUGAAACAAGUCUGCAGGAAAAAGAUAAAUGUAUAGAAGCUCUAAAGGAAGAGAUGAACAAAGAAAGGGAACUGAUGAGUGAAGAAAAAAAUGCUAUUGAGGCCAAAGUCAAGAUGAUGAAGGAUUCUCUGAAUAUGCAAAUGAAAGUGGAAUCAGAUAUUCAGACACUGACUGAAGAAAAAAGAAAAGAGAAUGAAGAGAAGGAACAUCUAGCAGCUCUGCUGAAGGAAAAGGAUGAUCUGCUUCAGGUAUACGCUGAAGAAAAAUGUGAGUUAAUGAAAGCUGUCAAAGAAAGGAAUACAGCUUUUGAAAUUUUGCAGCAGAAGUUAGAGAACUUGACAAGCAAGUUUGUCUCAGAGGAGGAUAAGCAAAACAGUGAUCUCGUGUAUAUACAGACAGGCAAAAGUAAACAAAGUGUUGAGCAGGAGCAGCAUGUGAUGAGCAGCAGUGAUGAGGAGAGGCUCACCACCCACAGGCAGUCAGUCACCAACCUGCACAAGGCACAGGAAGGGGCAGUGGGGCAGCUGACCACAGCCUUCUUGCAUCAACAGGAGGUACUCAUUGCUUCCUUACAUCAGAAGCUGGCAACAAGGAAAGCAGAAGAAGAUAAGCAGUCCUCCCACAUCAGAUCCCUUGAACAAAGGAUCACUGAUAUGGAGAAGGAAAUGACAGAUUCCAAGGAGAUGAUGCGAGUGGAGUGUGAGACUCAGAACAAGCUGAAAGAACAACUCCACUCAGCAAAAGAAGCACUGAAACACGAGAAGAAGUCAUCUGAUAGAAUUAGAAUGGCUUACAAGACGAUGGUAGAAAAGUUUACGCAUCAGGCAGAAGAGUGGGACCAAGUGAAGAAGGAGAGGGAUCUGGUGGGCAGAAAGUAUGAGACUGCCAAAAAGAAGCUCGGAGAGGCAGUGUCAAGCCUGGAGGAGGUGCGCACCACCACUGUGCACUACCAACAACAGCUGAGUCAGUGUAAAGACUACAUUAAAAAGCUUGAAGAGAAGGCACAGGGUCAGAAGGAGGCAGAAAGCAGGCUUCAGGAGAUUGAGAGCAAGUAUCAGCCUGUCAAGGAGAAGCUGCAUGAGUGUGAGAACACCAUAAGACAACUCAGCUCAGAGAAGCGCUCCCUCGAGAUGCAGCUGAAACACGCCGAAUCACAACUGCAGGAACAAAAGAGGAUACAGAGGCGGGAGAGUUUCUGGGAGCAAGAGUCCCAGAUGCCAUUACAAAGAGUUGAGGCACGCCGACCAACCACCACCUCCUCUUCCUCCUCCUCCUCCUGUAAUGAGGAAUAUUGGGGUGUCAAUGACUCCACGGAAAAGUUGAUCUCCAAGAAGUCAGGAAGCCGAGGACAGUCAAUGUCCCAGCACAGCGUUAAGGACACUAUCUUCCGCAAGCCAAGCAGCCGAGCCAAGACCAGUGGCAGGGAGGGAGGUCAUCAGCAUGAGGCUCCUUCAACUACACACACUAAGGUUGAAGAGCCUCCUCCUCAGCCAGAAAUCACCAUCUCUGACAAGUCGCUCGGAAAGUCCAUCCCAAAGAGCAUGCACUUCCGCUGUGAUGAAGAGGAAGAAGAGCUGUUUAACAACAAAUAUCUCCAUGACAUGAAGGUUGGAAAGUGGCAUCCUGAUGGAGAUGAGCCUUGGCGACGGUUGUCUGAGCUGCAGCGACGGAACUCCCUCUACCCGCCACACUUGCGGUCUGCGUACCCGGCUGAGAUGCAGUUCAGGCCACUUGACGAUUUUGAGGAUGAUAAGCUGAGGGAAGGGUGUGCUGUAGAGGAUAGACAGUUGAUGAAUAUAACUCAAGCUACUGAGAACCUGGAGUUGGACUCUCCUGCCUUCAACCUUCGGAAAAGAAAGUCUCCAUCAGGCUCAAGUUACUCAGAAACUUCAUUUGAUUCGUCAGAUGGGAAGAGAACCCGGAGACUUUCUACAUCCUACUCACGCCCUGGCCCACCCACACCUGGACGUCGCUUCAGCCGUGGGGACAAAGAGAACAGGAGAGAGUCCAGCACCUCUGAGCUAUCCCUGUCUAUCUGGCAGCACCAGAAGAAGGAGGGUUUACAUGCAGCAGAGAGCAGUAUCAAUUCUGCAGGAUCCAACCCAUCCCAGCCGGAGUCUGGUCGGGUGACACGCCGCAGACAGCUGCAGCACUCUAAGUCUAGCUCAGUGCAGUCCCACUCAUCAUCCCCAGGAUGCUCCCCAAGUGUUCUCAGCAAGAAGGGGAUGACAACACCACGGGGCAGGAAGGGCAUGACCCCGUCAUCACUCAGGAAGAUCCUGGCGAAGGGCAAGUCACCUUGGAGAAAACUGGAGCAUAAUGAAGAGACCCCAAAGGGCUUGAGGGACAGUACAAACUCCAAUGGCAGCUCAAAACUAAGGAUGUUUCGUAAGCCCUUUAGUUCAAGAAAUUACAAUGUCCAGACAGCAUCCUUGAGGUCCCAAGAAAACUCUGUCAGCCUCGAUAAUUCCUUGGCCUCUUCAAGUGGAGUGGCAAACACCUCAACUGAAUCAAGAACGAGGAGAAGGAGGUGAUACAGUCACUGACAGAUACAUAUUAUAGUAUAUAUAUAUAUAUAUAUAUAUAUAUAUAUAUAUAUAUAUAUAUAUAUAUAUAUAUAUAUAUAUAUAUAUAUAUAUAUAUAUAUAUAUAUAUAUUGAUUUUAUUAUUUUAGCUAAAAAACAUGCUGCAUUAGAAUAUACCAAACAUUGUAUUAGAUAUACCAUUGUCUGCUUUUUGUUUGUAAACUUAUAGUUAACAUUACACUCAUAAGUUGGGAGGAAUGGGCUUUAUCAAAUAGAAGGCUUUCCACUAAACCUCUGACACUUUAUGAGAGAUGAUCUCAGUUUUUAUGCAUUCCCCACAACACACACACACACACACACACACACACACACACAGCUUAUGGUAGUCCAUCACUAAUGAUGAUGACAUCUUCAGAGUGAAGACUGAGACCAUUCCCACACCACGGACACGCACACACACACAUGCACAAACACACUCAUGCACAUACAUUAAGUGCACACACGUACAGUUGUACUCUUUUUUUAGCUGAUAGGACUUACAUAUGAUUAAUGUAUGAGUGUAUGGUGCUUUGUCAGGGCCUCUCCUGUGUGGGAUUGUGGACCUGUUAAAUAAAUAACAUUAAAGUGAGCUUCUGCAA